AUGUCCGACCUCAGAGGGACGUCACGAGACCGCCGGGACACAGAAGCCUUAGCCCAGGUUGUCGCCGAACAUUUACCAUCAGGAUACACGGCCGAGUUUGACAGUACGGCCGGAAGUACAGAUGGCGCCACGCCAGCUUCGGCCGAGGGAUCGGACGUCGUGCCCAUCCCGGAGGAGGAAUCGUCGCUGAAGUUGCAGGGCGGCGACAUGCAUCGGGAUCUCUUCAGGCUGCCCUCAGCAGCAACCCGCGUCCCGAUGCACCGCCGGGCAGCAACCUUCCACUCGCCCAGGGAUCUUCACCCGGACGAUGAUGCCCCGCCCUUAACCGUCGGCGACCAGCUCGCCCCGGGAGGGUUCCGUCGUGCCUUUCUACAUCAAAGACAUGGAAACGAUUUCAUGGCCGCGAGGCUACCAAUUACGCGCAAUUUCGUCGAGUUUCUCGACCUCUACGGCAGCUUCGCUGGCGAAGACCUUGUCGACACCGAUGAGGAGGCCGUCACCGAGGAAGAGGAGGAGCAGGGGGAAGGAGUAGAGGAAGAAAUGGUCGGCGAGCGGCGCCCUCUUCUUCGCCAGCGUAUUAGCUCUGUCCGGACCCCGCGCUCCGCCAACGCCGGCACUGUGAAGACAUUCUUCACCUUGCUUAAAGCAUUUAUCGGCACCGGCAUCAUGUUCCUGCCCAAGGCCUUUCGCAACGGCGGCAUCCUCUUCUCCACCGUUUCCAUGCUCUCCGUUUCCGCGGUCACCAUGGUCGCCUUCCAUUUGCUGCUACAAUGCAAGCUCCACCACGGCGGCGGGUACGGCGAUAUCGGAAACGCCAUCGCCGGGCCGCGGAUGCGCACCCUCAUCCUCUUCUCUAUCGCCCUGUCCCAACUAGGCUUCGUGUGCGCGGGCAUCGUCUUUGUCGCCGAGAACCUCGAAACUUUUUUCCACGCCGUCACGGGCGGCCAAAACCCCUUCACCUCGGCGGGGCUAAUCGCCAUGCAACUAAUCAUCCUAGACAGCCCGCUGGUCAACUCGGUGCAGCUGCUGUACGCCAUCGCCGUGCUGGUCGGCACCCCCGUGCAGCUGUUCCCCGCCCUGCGCAUCCUCGAGGGCAAGAUCUUUGGCCACAUGCGCUCGGGCAAGGGCAGCCUGCGGACCAAGUGGGUCAAGAACCUGUUCCGGGUCGGUGUCGUCGUGUUUUGCGGCCUGGUCUCGGUCGCGGGGACCGGGAACCUCGACCGCUUUGUUGCGCUGAUCGGGAGUGUCGCGUGCGUGCCGCUCGUGUAUGUGUAUCCGGCGUUUUUGCAUUACAGGGGGGUGGCUACUCAGAGGACAUUCGCGUGUGUUUCGAUGAUGAUGAUAUGUGCCACGCUUGUGGUAGGGUACCCCUGGAUCAGCGCCGGGCAGUCCACCCCCGAUCCUCCUCCCCAGCUCCACAAAGGCGAACUAAUUGAAAACGUACGAUUCAUGGGCAGCAGCGUGCUGCGGUAA